GUCUCUCCACUCCCGCCUCCAGAGUCCAAGGGUCCAAGUGGUAGGCUGUUUGAGCUCUGCUGGGCACUACAAAGGGAGUCUGCACUGGAGAAGGUUGGUGGGUGGGCGACAUGGCAUUCGAGGAGCUGCUAGACAAGGUGGGCGGCUUUGGGCCCUUCCAGCUGUGGAACGUGGCACUGUUGGCCCUGCCCCGUGUGCUGCUGCCCAUGCACUUUCUCUUGCCCAUCUUCCUGACUGCCGUGCCGGCCCACCGCUGUGCCCUGCCUGGAGCCCCUGCCAACUUCAGUCACCAGGACGCGUGGCUGGAGGCCCACCUGCCCCGGGAGCCUGAUGGCAGGUUCAGCUCCUGCCUCCGCUUCACCCAUUCCGGGGCCCUCCCCAACACCACGUUGUGGGGACUCGGGCAGAGCCCUGGGGAGCAGCUGGAGGGUGAGCCCUCCACAGUGCCCUGCCCUCAGGGCUGGGAAUACGACCACUCGGAGUUCUCCUCCACCAUUGCAACUGAGUGGGACCUGGUGUGUGAGCAGAAAGGCCUGAACAGAGCCACUUCCACCUUCUUCUUCGCCGGUGUGCUGGUGGGGGCCGUGGCCUUCGGAUACCUGUCUGACAGGUUUGGGCGGCGCCGUCUGCUGCUGGUGGCCUAUGUGAGUGCCCUGGUGCUCGGCCUGGUGUCUGCAGCUUCAGUCAGCUACACCAUGUUCGCCAUCACCCGCACCCUCACUGGCACAGCCCUGGCAGGCUUCACCAUCAUUGUGAUGCCACUGGAGCUGGAGUGGCUGGAUGUGGGACACCGCACUGUGGCAGGUGUCCUGAGCAGCACCUUCUGGACAGGCGGCGUGAUGCUGUUGGCACUGGUCGGCUACUUGAUACGGGACUGGCGAUGGCUUCUGCUGGCUGUCACCCUGCCUUGUGCCCCAGGCAUCCUCAGCAUCUGGUGGGUGCCUGAGUCUGCACGCUGGCUUCUGACCCAGGGCCGUGUGGAGGACGCCCAUAGGUACCUGCUCCGCUGUGCCAGGCUCAAUGGGCGGCCCGUGGGCGAGGACGGCCUGAGCCGGGAGGCCCUGAGCAAAGUGGCUGCCGCCGAGCGGGUGGUCCGAAGACCCUCAUACCUAGACCUGUUCCGGACACCAAGGCUCCGACACAUCUCACUGUGCUGCAUGGUGGUGUGGUUUGGAGUGAACUUCUCCUAUUACGGCCUGAGCCUGGAUGUGUCGGGUCUGGGGCUGAACGUGUACCAGACGCAGCUGCUGUUUGGGGCAGUGGAGCUGCCCUCCAAACUGUUGGUCUAUCUGUCCGUGCGCCACGCGGGACGCCGGCUCACGCUGGCGGGAACGCUGCUGGGCGCCUCCCUCUCCUUGGGCUUCAGGCUGCUGGUGUCCUCCGAGAUGAAAUCCUGGAGCACUGCCCUGGCGGUGUUGGGGAAGGGUUUUUCUGAAGCUGCCUUCACCACUGCCUACCUGUUCACAUCAGAGCUGUACCCUACUGUGCUCAGACAGACAGGGAUGGGGCUGACUGCACUGGUGGGCCGGUUGGGAGGCUCUUUGGCCCCACUGGCAGCCUUGCUGGAUGGAGUAUGGCUGUCACUGCCCAAGCUCGCUUAUGGGGGGAUCGCCUUGCUGGCUGCCUGCAUUGCCCUCCUGCUACCAGAGACAAAGCAGGCACAGCUGCCAGAGACCAUCCAAGACGUGGAGAGGAAGAGUGCCCCAUCCAGCCUUCAGGAGGAAGAGAUGCCCAUGAAGCAGGUCCAGGACUGAGUGGUAUCAAGGGCAGGCCCUCCGCACAAGUUCUGCAGCAGGGGCUGAGAGAACAGAGGGCAGGCCCCGUGACCGGGGCUGGGGGCAUCAAGCCCCCUGUCCAGGGCUGGAGUUGCCCCCUCUCUGUGCUCAUCCAGCCUUGACUAUUUGGCCUCCAGCAACAGAGCAACUUCCCAGAAUGCAGUGGGCUGCUAGAGAAUUCUGGCACCCCUCUCAUGACUGGGGGAUUCUGUAAAUAAAGGCGCCCCUGGGGUUGGGGCAACAGUGAGGAGCUGUGGGAUGAGCCCAGGAUGGGAAGCCACUGAAUCUGGCCCUGGGUUCUAGUCCCAGUUUUGCCACUGAUUUCUGGGUGACCUUGGGCAUGUGGUUUUUUCUCUCUGGGUCUGGUCAUCUCUCAAAUAGAAAAGUGAAACCUCCUCGUAGACCUCACCACAGGAUUUAUCUGCUGUCAUGCUCAAAUGUCAAAGAAGGUGCUUCCUCUAGAGAUGGUGCUAAACAAAGGGCUGUCCUGUAAUGACUUCUGAUACCCACAGGGCUGGUGGGCAUGCUGUCCACUGUGUGGUGCUGGGGGCUGCACAAUGCCAGAGCCAGGGGACCAGGAUAACACGGUUCUUUGUUCCAAUAGCUGGUGCUGCUACCUCCCAGGCACUCUGCAGCGCAAUGCAGCCCCCCGCCCCUACACUCCCCAUCCUCCAACCCACUGUCUAGGCCUCAUGCCUAAAGAAGAGUUGAAGGCAUGGGAGCCACCAUUUUAUUGGAGAAGCCCAAAUAAACACAAGUUUUAUGAGUA